AUGUGCAUGAAAGACGAGGGUCAGGCUCGAGCAGUAGUGGACAUCGACAGAAACCUCACACUAUCCAAGAGCUGUUUCGAACCUUUGGAAAGAAAGUCGGUCAUUGGCGACACGAAGCGUCUGGAGAGAGUCGCCGGAGUUUCUUGUGCUAUUCCCGCAACUAGUACAGGCGAAGCUCGUGCGAUGAACAAUGAAGAAUUCCGUUCGCGAUCUAAAUCUCUUGACGGUGAUCACAUCCACAAAGUUUUAAGGAGACCACUGCUGGAAGACUGCGGUGCAACCUACGAAAUCUUCGAAGCAAUAUUGCGAGAAGGUAUGAACACAUAA